AUGUUGACCCGAGCUCGAUCGUUAUUUUCACGUGUAUUUUCACUGGAUGCUUCAUCAUCUCAAACUCGUCGUGACGAUGUUUUUGAUGAUAUCGAUGAUGAUACAAGUGAUGAUAAUGAUAUAGAUAAUAUUGUUGCUGAUGAUGAUGAUAUUGACAAUUCAACAAAUGAUAUUGACAAUGAUGAUGAUGGUUCGAGUAAUACUGAUGAUGAUGAAGAUGAUGAUGAAUGGUCAAAUGAAUCACCAAAGACAUCAACAAAAAGUGCUAAAACUAAAGGAAAAUAUGAAAAACAAAUCAAUGAAUGUCCAACAAAUUCAAUAUCAAAUGAUAAAUCAAAAUCAAAUUCAAAUUAUGUUCGUUCACAUGAAAAAUCAAAGCAAAAUCGUCUAAUAAGUGCUAUGCAAAUAGCAGUAUCACGUUGUAAUGUUGAAUCAAUGAAACGUUUAUUAAAUAAUUUUGAAAUUGACAUUAAUCAUCGUGAUCAAUAUGGUAUGAGUUAUUUAGAACAUGCUAUACUAGUGGGUAGUUUUGAUAUGGUGGAUUUACUUGUCAGAUAUGGUUGUGAUUUAUAUCAAGGUGAUUCCAGUGGUCAUUCGUAUUUAUAUGUUGCAAUUGAAACAACAACAAAUAAAUCUUUACCAAUUAUUCGUCUUUUACUUGAAUCGAAUUGUUCAUGUUUACGUCUUAUGGAUAUUGUUUCUUUAACAUCACCACAACAAAUUAUCUAUAUAAAUUCUCAAGACUUUCUAUUACUUAAUGCACAUUUAUUAUUUAUAUUAAAAUAUCAUAUACGACGAAUGGUUUUAAGUGAUGUUUUAAAUUUAGUAACAUAUUUAAUAAUAACAAAUAUAUUACUUUGUAAAAAUGAUGAACAUUAUGGACUUAGUGUAUGUACAAAAACAACAUUGAAUCGUUUUAAUAAUGAUUAUAUAAAUUUAUUUAUUAAAACACUUGGAAUAAAACAUGUAUUAAAAUUAGAACAAAAACUACAGAAUCUACCCACAUUUCCAGUAUCAUUAAUAUCAGUUACGAAUGAUGAUAUUCAACCGUAUAUUCAACGAAUUAAUGUGCUGAUAAAACAAAUACCUGAUUUAAGACAUUUAUGUCGUUUAUUAGUUCGACAGAAUUUAAAAAAUCUUAAACAAUCAACAAUAGAAUCGAUUGCUUCAAAGCCGAAAUUACAAGAUUAUUUACUAUAUACACCGAUUUAG